AUGGGAGUCCUUGCGCAGGCUGCAACUCUGUUGCUCCUUUGGAUCGCGGUGUUUGUUGGCAGUGGCGUGGACUUUCUUCGGCUGGGUGAGAAGCUAUCCAACACAGCAUUGCGACCGUCUUGGAUGCCAAAAAGCUGGUUUUUACUGCUACUUCGUUCAAGCAUCUAUCGGCCGGCAGCGUACAGCAUCGUUCCCUACAUGUUUUUACAAGCGUUUGUCGUGGAGAAGCGGCUUCUUAUCUUGCCAGUGGUGGUGGCACUCUCUCGGUCUCUGGUUGCUUUGGCAGUUACCAUCUUCCACCUAGGUGACUCAUCGAGAACCAGUAGCCACCGAGACUAUCUGAUGCUGUACAACUGCUGGGUUUUGGCUCUGUGUGGAUGGAUCAAUGCUUUCGUGUUUCCUGCCGGAGUGGACGAGGUGGCUCACGCUCUGGCAUUGGGCUUCUGCAUCUGGUACAUCUUUAGCUGCGGAGUAUCGAAGGUGGUGUUGGCCGGCGGUGUGUCCGUGAACGAUCACUGCAUGCCGCGGCUGAUGCAGGGAUUCCGAGAGUGGUCCUUCGGAGACACGUUGAAUGCGAUCCUGGAGACCUUCUCACGGAAGACGCCGAAGGGGGGAGGCCCUGUACGGGAACACAUGACUGUUUUCAAGACAGACAUCCACUCCCGGACAGAGACCCGGCGCCUGGCGGCGAUCCCGAUUGUCUGUGCAUCUAUCAACUGGUUCGUGCAGCAUCUGCGGAAGACGGUCUUCUUCUGGGAGCGGCGGACUGUUGAAGACAGGUUUCAUCAGGUCCAAAACAACCUCCACGACUGGUGGGACUGGAAGUCAGUCGGCCGGGACUUUUCGCAUCAUGGAGGAGCAGCAAAGGGCAAACCGGACCACAAGGCCCGGCAGGAACGCUUGGAGAGGGAGAUGAAACGCCGGCUUCAAGCAGAAAUGGCCGGUGGACUGCAGCACUUUGCACGAGAAGUGGGCCCAAUCGCGGAGCAGGAGGAUUACGAGCUUUCGGUGAACUCCCAGGAGCGAUUCAGCUUGACGGUGCGAACCAGUUCAACAAUCCUCCAGAUCAAGCACAACAUCGCCGAUCUCUACGGCAUGGCCGUGGAGAGCCAGCGUCUACAUUUGACGCCUGAACCGGAGGAGUUCAGCCAGCGAGGCGGGGCGUUUGACUCGUUGGCUAGACAUGCCUUGGCCAAGUACCUGUUUGACAAACUUCGGCACUGUGCGGUGGAAUGCGAACUUUUUACUGUUGCAGCUCAAGUCCAACCUCCUCACGGGACGGGUACCGGGGGGCGAACAGAUCGAUAUCUGGUGUACCACUGGCAUACGUCAAUGCUCGCCAGAGUCCGCGGAGCUUUUCGCCCUCAUUCUCCAGGACGCCCUUGA